CACCCACGUCGCUGGUCUUACGCUUGCGCGACUUGGGUGCUGCCUUCUUCUUCGCCGCGCUGCCGUUGGCCUCUGCAGUCUUGCUCAUGGACAAACUACCCCUUACUCUGCCAACUGUUGCAAUUUGCAACUUGCAAAGCUGCUUCUGGUUGGUAUAUGACUGGCAGAAAAACGGUUUUGACUUCGCUUCUGAUUGGCCAACGUUUCUGUCGAAAAUAGCUUCAACUACUUCAAUGUCAAGUGCACUUGCAACUCUUCGCGCACAACGAUCACUGCCAUGGGGAAUAAGCCGUCGAUGAUGAGAAGCUCGUCGCGUGCUGAUGACUCAAGCACGCCAAGAGUGGCAGCUGGAGGUCAUUCUACUUCAGCAGCGGUGGCGGAUUUCCAGCAACCAGGAGCACCACCUAGUGGCACUGUGGCCAAGCUGUUGACGUCGAACAUCGCAAGCAUUCGACCUGUGGAGCAGACGCCACGAGUUCCCACACCACUAGAUCAGAAGAUCACAAAUGCAAUCAAAGAGCGCUGGCAGGAGCGGGCGCAACAGGAAAAGGAGAAGGAAAACCAGUUCACGCGGAUUUUGCUGAAGCUACCGCAGGCAGCGGUUGCGUUUAACAGCGCACGUUCGACGUUCAAUGCUUUUGACAAGGAAGGCAAAGGCUACAUUGAGUUUAGCGAUUUGUCUAGGGUCUUCGAACAACUAGGCGCGAACUUCUCGUCCGAAGAAAUUGGCCAAGUUUUUGAGGAAUCGGAUAUGAUGGAGGAUGGAAAACUUAACUUCAACGAGUUCCUCGUUUGCCUUGCGAUCGGCUUCGUUCUUCACAAAAUUCCAUCUCUGGAAAGUGAACAGGAACAACAACUAAGCAUUUUCUACGCUCCCAUGUCUCGAAUCAGCAGCAACAGCAGCCGGACUUCAUCAGCUGUAUCUAGCCAAUCCAUAUUAUUUGGAGAUGGAAACAACCUGCGGCUCGCAUUCCAACUUGCCGUCGAUGCAUUCCUAUGGUUUGAUGUUGAUGGUAACGGCGUGAUUAAUCGCGAUGAAAUGGUCACAAAGCUAGAGAAUUCUAUUGUGCUCCAUUCCCCAACGAAAAAGAUGUUCACAGGGGAUCGCAACAGAGGCUCAAGUGACGACUCCAGCAAUCGGGCCAUCUGGGAGCAGCGUUUUAUGGAGAUGGAUUGGAAUGGCGAUGGUACGAUUCACUUCAAGGAGUUUCUCAUGGCUUUUGAAUCCUGGGUAGGCCUUGAAGAAGAAAUGUGAACACACCACUUCACGACGGUCAUCAUCAGCAAAAUACCAGUAGCUGAAUGGCAAGGAGUAAAAAAAAAGAUCUCAUUUUAAUCAGAACAUCACAAGGCGAAGAAAAGGCAU